AUGGUGGAGGCCUCUCAGUUACGAGCAAUGCAGAAGGGGGCUUUUAAUAGGUUCAAAAGACUUGAUAUUAACAGCAUCAACAAUUUUCCGACUGCUGCUGGAUUGGCCUCAUCUGCGUCCGGAAUGGCUUCUUUAGCCUUUGGGCUAUCUGUCCUGUAUGGUCUGGAUGGAGAUGUAGCGGCACUCGCAAGAAGGGGCUCAGGAUCGGCAUGCAGGAGCAUGUUUGGUGGUAUCGUACACUGGAAGAGAUUUCCCUCGGAAUCAAAAUUUCGUUAUCAAACCGUGGAACAGCUCUUUCCUCAUACACAUUGGCCCGAGCUUCGCGUUCUCAUCUGUGUGACGUCUUCCCACUCGAAGCCGGUGAGUUCAAGCGUGGCAAUGCGUCGAACGGUGUCGACGAGUCCGCUCUUUCGAGAAGCGCGCGCCACCGUGGUGCGUGAACGCCUGCCUCGUUUCGUUGAUGCUUUGGCUCGACGCGACUUCCCGACCCUCGCUGAGCUGACCAUGCGGGAGAGUAACGAGCUCCAUGCCCUCUGUCUAGAUUCUUGGCCACCGGCAAUAUACCUCAACGCGACGAGCUUUGCCAUCAUUGAUUUUGUCCACACGCUCAACGCGCGAUUGCAACGAUGUGUGGUUGCCUACACAUUUGACGCUGGCCCCAAUGCCUUCCUCUUAACCCUCGCUGACGACGCUCCGCUCGUGCUUACUCUGCUGUCUGAGUGUUUUCGAUCGCCUUCCGUGAACUUGAACGAACACAAAGAUAAAGCCAAGAAAGCGCGUCUAGAGGAAUCCACUGACCAACGUCCCCAUAAUUUCGCCAAUCUCGAGGUUAAAGGCAUCCAAUACGCCUCCGUGGAUCUUUCUAGAAGCUCCGUAUUUGCGGAGCUUCUUGAAGUUUUGCCUCGAUGUCCCAACUCAAUCCAAUAUGUCCUUAGCACUGAGGUGAGUCUCAAAUGGAAACCCAUUGCCCUCGUUAUGGAUUUCAUUCAAUAA